CAUUUAUUGCCCACUGUCUUGAGACGUAAUAGACGCGUUCGAAACAUCAUCUGUCUCGAGCUACGAUCACCAAGUAUUUCGAUGUGGUUUUGCUCAUAAUUACGAAAUACUUUAAAGCAAUUAUGGAAACACUAUUGCCGUCUGAAAUAGCUCGAUUAGUUCUCGGUUAUUUGGAAGAUCAAAAAUGUACUGAAGCAGCCAAGUUAUUUUUAGAAACAUCUCCACAUUUACAAGAAUGUCGUACAGUACUUUCUUGUGGAAGGAGGUUUAACACUAGAGUUAAUGGUUUAACAUUGAUGGAUAUUGUUGAAAAGUUUUCUGCCAUUAGUGCCAUGAUUCAAGAACGCUUGAAUAAAGCCACAGAUUGUGAGCAGUUAAAACAUUGUGGAGAUCUGAUAGAGCAGCUCAAGUUUCUUGUAGAAGAGCCACGUGGCCAACGAUUUGUUGUAAAUAUAAAUGUACCUUCACAGAGCAACACGCAAACAUCAAAUGGUUUACCCAUUACUGCAAACAAUAUACGUAAAAGGCAUAAUAGCGAACGGAUUAAACGUAUUAUUAAAUCCCAGUCAAAUCCAGUACAACAAUCCGAUGUCAUAACAAAUCCACCAAGUUGCCACAAUAUCGACACAACUCCUUUAGAGAGCUUGCCUGGGAAUAUUGAUUUAUUAAAGCAGGCGGAAUGCAGUAAUAUUCAUAUAAUCGAGAAAAACGAUGAUAAUAUCGCACAGGAAUCUCACAGACAAUGUAACAAUAAAAACAUAAAUAACACUAUUGUACAUAAUAGAAACAAUAAUAUUCGUAUAAGUUCAGAUGAUAUGUCGAGUAUACGAAGUUGCGAAAUGGGUGAUAUUGAUGAAAAAAAAAAGGGAGAGAGUGCUAAUGUAAUACCUGAACGGUAUACUACAGCUACAAGUACAGAGGAAUUGUUAAGUUUUUCCAGUACAGAAGUCCAAACUAUUCCUUAUGAGAUACCCGAAUCAGAAUCUGAAUCUAAUGACGAACCUAUUGAAAAUCUCAGUAUAUUAACAAAAGAAAUAUUGAAUCGUACAGAAUUACAAGAAUGUAUUGCGGAGAAUAUCAACAAAGCAAUCAUUCCUACAGAUUUAUCUUUCAAGGAUGAAAACUUGAACGAAUCGAUAGUCGGUGAGGGAAACACUUCAAUUAUGUCUGAAUUAAAUAGUGCUAUUAAAUCGAUUGUUGAAGCAACAGAAUCUGAUCCUGUAUUUGAAAAAUUUCUCACUGAAAUCAUUGGACCACACACUGAGACUGAUACAAGUCCAGAGGACGAUGGUGAAGGAAAGCUAAGCCCAAGAUCUCUUAAUGAAGUGCAAGAGAAACAAGCCGAAGUAGCAUUAGACAACAUUAGUUCACCAGAACCAAUGAUAGUGGAUACUAGAAUAUCUGCAGAGACUAAUAUAGUAGAUGUGCCUUUGAAACAUAGACUUCGCAGUUCUUCUAGACAGCAAUAUAACAGAAUUGAGGAUGAAGGUGAUAAAGUAAGAGAUCAAGAGAAGGAACAGAGCGCCUUGGAAGAUCAAAAUGCAGCUGCAGUGUUAAGUAUUAUAAAUAUUAUCAAUAAAACAUCUGACGAAGAUAAAAGGAAUCCUGAUAAUGUGAAAGAACCGAGUGAUAACAAUGGACAAAAAAUGCAAACAAUGUCUGCAGUAAGUAGAAACGAUGCGGUUCUAAAGCAUCCUUUAGCUUCAGUAGAUGUUCAGAAAACGAAUAAUAUUAUAAUACCCGCGAAUAAUAAUGUACAAUCUAAAAUUAAAAAAUCUACAGUAAAACGUCCAAGAUCAACAACGAAACAUAAACACGAGCAAACAACAAUCAGCAACAAUCAAUUUAUAACGGAACACGAGAUUAUGACGAUGCCAACAUUGAUAGUAUGCUCGAAAGACGAGGUAGAUAAUCUUCUGAUAAGUCGCUCGUCCAUUAAAUCGACUCCCACCUCGCGUUUUCUUCCGAUUGCUCCGAAGGAUCCAAAUAGAAUUGAGAAACCCAUGGAAACUCUAUAUCUGAAGACAGUAAACGUAGCUCAGCAAGUACCAAUCAAAACUCUACCGACCGUGGUAGAAGAAUCAGAUAAUUCUGCAAAUCAAUCAGGAGUAUUCCAGUCAACCAAAAAAAAUAAUAAAGCAAACAAACGAUCGAAAAUCAUACACGAAACUGAUGGGACAGUUCCUAUCGACGCUAAUCAACAGGUAUUAGAACAUCCGAUAGAAUUGGCGCAAAUUAAUAAGAUCGGUAGUGAGUCAAUAACGCUUUAUGGCAACGAAGCCAACGCGAAAACAUUAUUGGAUGGCGCCAAUUUGCCUACGAUCAAUCUGGAGGAACAUAUCAGCCUAUCGGAGAGUGGACUUUCUCCAUAUUUAAAGUUCAGUUGUAGCAAAACAAGUCAGAGUCACAAUCUCUCGGACAUCGAUAUAGCACCCAUAGAGAAGCCAGCGAGUAAUAGAACCAACGUCGAGCAACACUUGCCUAAAAGCACCGAUAUUAUUACUAAACGCACACCAAAGUCUUUGUUACAAAGUAGGUCUAAGAAUCAUAGAUUAAGCUUAUCCACGCCGCGUAAACGAAGUGGUCACGUAAGAGCGCUUGAUUUUAGCACACCUAUGAAAGCGACGGGUUCUAAUAGAAAAGCAAACGGGGAAGGAAACGUUCAGCUUUCGUCUGCGUCGACGAAGCGUUUGAAAUCCGUUUGCAGGACUUCGUUAUUUAGAUCGCCAUCGCUCUCCCAUACUUCGCAAAAGCAGAAGAGUCCAAUGAAAGUCUGUCAAUCUUCUUAUAGGAUUCCUAUAGCUACUAGAAGUCCCGCGCCCAAACUUAUGGGUGGUUGGGACAAGUGUAACGGUGUUGGUGUCAUCAUAGGCGAAGUAUCCCCUCACGGGAGCACCAGCGCAUCUUGCUCGUCCUUUGAGGAUAGAACUGUUCAGCACAAGCCCUCUAAAGCGCCAAUAGAAAGUUGGGAUGCUGAUUUACGUAAAAGUGUACAAUUGAAUAAGAAGGACGAGACUGGCGUUCAAACAACCGCGAAGAGAAGACGAGAUUCCAUCGAUAAAGACGAUGCGAUACGUAAAAGGACUAAGUAUAAAUCACGAUCGCCGAAGGGUAAAAACAGGCGGAAAAUCCACAAUAAACUGGAGGUAAACGAAAAAUGUAAUCGUGACAUCGAAGAUAUCGAUGAACAAGAAGAGGAAAAUCUUCAAGAAAAUGUAAAAAAUACAGUAACGGAAAAGACGCUUCGUGCUGCCGCAGUAAUACAACCGCGAAAUAACGAGAAGGAAAAUGUAACAAAAGUUGUUAUUAGCGCCGCAGAUUCCAUGACGAAUAAGUCCGACAAAAUUUCUCGACCGGCCGAAACAUCGACAAGAGUGGAUUCUAGUACAAACGUGUCCAAUAGCAAUACGGUAAGUGAGACGAAACCAGUGAAAAAGUACGCACAACUGAAGACGAUAACAACUAAUUUAAGAAAGUCCGAUAAUGAAAAUGAAAAGAGCGCUCAAAAUUAUUCGCAGAUAUCCGAAAUGUCGAAAAUUUUGUCUGCAGACAGUACGCAACACAUCUUGCAGAUGCCGCAUGAUAUGAUUAAUUUGGAGACACCUAGAAAAUUCGACAAUAUAUCCGGUCCUCCACCGACACCGAGAGUGCUGAGUCCUAAUAGCAUUACGCCGUUCAUCAAGAUCAGCGAAGAUUCUACUAAAGUACGUAGCAGUUUCAUCACCACACCGGAAUUUCCAAUAACUCCGGGCGUAGCUAUAACUCCGAAAGAGGAGACGACCAGAGAUAUGAUAAAAAGAGGAGAGUACAAUUCUUCGUAUUACAAACCCUCCUCCGAGCAAACUCAACAAAAUUCCGAUUUAUCGAAAUCUAAAAAUACACAAGAAUCACCCAUUAUAUCUUCAUCGCACAUAUCGUUACAUUCAAUGCAUAAUAGUCUCACUUCUGGUAAUACUUAUCAGACGUGUUCUACCUCUAAACUGGAAAUAACGCAAUUCGAAGUAAUCAAAGAGAAUUUGCCGAGAGAGGAGGCUAUCAAGGAGCUGAAAAUUGCAUCGGGCACAGCAGAACUCGACAAUCCGGUUCUCAUAGAUCACCAUAUAUAUAAAGCCAUAAAUGAAUAUCGUGAAACAAUAAUCGAUAAUUAUGUCGAUGAUAAUUAUGUCGUCGAUUCUCACAAUGAUUCUGUAAAGAAUAACAAUUUCUCGUCAUCUGAUACUUCAUCAUCGUCAUCCUCAACGUCAUCGUCGUCUUCGUCUUCAUCGUCGUCAUCCACUAGUUCGAACACAGAUGCAUCGGCGAUGUGUUCGCCGAACGACAAAUGUGACAAAACGUCAAAUAAAAUCAACACAGAUACCAGUAGCAACUCCGCGGAGAAGGGCAUUAAUGUACCGAAAGAUGCAAAUCACGCAUCGGCGAAUGUAUCGGAUGAUGUAACGUGUAAAAGAUCGGAUAAUGUUCUAUUCGAAUCGGAGUCUUCGCCGAAGAAGGUGUUCGCGAUUGCGAAAACUGACGAUCAGAUAGAGGCCACGUUGAAGGAAACUCCCGCCAAGGAUGAGACUCUUUUAAAUGAGGCCGAUAUUUCGGAAACGCCCAGCAGCUCCAAAAGCGGAGUGGAAUCUUUGACUAACUUGUCGACAAAAAUAUCGGCGAUUAUGACGGAAGACGAAAAACUGUCAAAAUCCAACAAUUUCAACAAGCCAAAGAAUAGCAAUAAAAUCCAGAUUUUAAACAAACUGAGAUCAAAACCAAAGAUAAUAAACGUACAAUAUAUUCAGCUAGAACGUGACGAGAACAAAUCGGACAAAUACCGAUUCAAGCAUGAACAAGACGUGCCUACAAAUGAUAAACUCAUGCACAGACAACAACUAGAGGAAAAACGACAACGCAUGAUCGCAAAAAUUAAAGAUAAUCCAAAAUUGACUCUUGCUAAUAGAACGAAGCAUAUAUAUAAGCGCAUUUUAAGCUCUUCCAACAGUCUAAAAAAGAAUACUCAAUUUGGUAGAGGACAACGAGGUAUACGAUCGACAGUAAAAUAUUCUCAUAACGUUAACGAAAAUAUUAAUAAAGACUCAAAAUCUCCGGAUAAUCUACAAGAAAAUUCGACAAUAAAUACGCAACAAAAACACUUGCCAUCAACACGGAAUCGAGAUGUCGUGAAUAAAUGUUGCGAUAAUGAAGAAGAGAUAAAGAACCGAGUUGUCGCGAAAAAUACAGAUCCUGGUAUAACGAAUUAUCAGACUAACAAUAAUGAAUUAUUCAAUAAUGAUACGACAAAAUCACAUGGAGAUAAUAUUGGUGAUACGACGUUACUUGAAAAAUUAAUUGAAAAUUAUGAUAAAAAAGAACCCACACAAUUACAUAAAACUUUUUCAUCGAAAGAUUCGAAUAGAGGAGCAAAUGUCGAGAGUCCCAAACAGGAAUUAUCAACCGUUCUUCAAUGUCUGCAAUUAGUGCCGGCGUGCAAAAAUGAACAUAAUGAUGAAAAUCAAACUGGAAGGCAACAUGAAGAACUGAAUGAAUUUGAAAAUCGAGCUAAUAAUGAAUCACAGGCAAUCGAUAUUCAUAAUUAUAAAGCCGAGUAUCACUUUGUAUACGACGACAGUAUGCCAAUGAGAAAAAGAAGAAGAAGAUAUAGUAACCAUGAAUUACAGAUCGAGAUCAAUUAUGCCGAUCUUUCGGAUCCAAAUGCCGGAUCUGAAUGCAUUAAAGUAAUGAAAGUCACAGAGUUUGAGGAAAUAUUUAAUCUACCGCCAAAGUCUAAGAAACGGACAGUAAAUAAAAAAUCAUCUGUCAAGAAUAUAAAGGUUUGUAAGACAGUAAAAGAUGCAUUCAUUUUAAAAGAUAAUGCUGCAAAACCUUUGGCCACGUCAUCCCCUGUAGAAGAAUUAUCAAAAGGUAAAGUGAAAAAAACGAUUAUCAAGACUGCCGCGGCAAAUAGAAAUGAUAAUGAUACGCAAUCUGAUGUAAAGAGAAAACAGCAAAAACAUCAAGAAAAAGACAUUACCAAAAGCCGAAAGAGAAAACUAUCAGAAACAAAAGAAACGAAACAGUUUGAGAAGAAGCCAUGCAUGACUGAUCCACAAAUAUUACUCAAUAAUUUGGAUGAUGUUCAUCUGAAUGAACUCUUGUGUGUAGUUCACGGACCUGAGUAAGUGCUCUCUUUUAGUGUGUAACAUGUAUAUAACAAGAAAUAAUAAU